UUGACGGAGAGGUUAGGAACAUUUUAAUGCUAUCUCAUGUCUUUUUUUAUAUUGUUGCUAGUAUCCAUUUAUCGCAUAAAUUAUUCGAACAGUAUGCAAUGACGACGUUCAGUCAUUUUCGAAGAUCUGUCAGAUCCUUUCAAUUUUUGCAACCAUGCAAAUACAAUGUUUGCACUGGUCUUCGAUCAUUCCUACGAAAUGAAUCAAGCUUUGUACCAAAGCAUGUACUUAUUGUGGCAAAAUUGUCACGAUACUAUUUUGAAAAAUUGAGAGAGCCUGACUUAACUGAAGCACAGUUAAAACAAAAGCUAUUGGAAAGAGGUUCUAAUUAUGAUGCUAUGUUGGCCAGUCAUAUUGCAACAAAAAAUGUGCAACAUCAAGUGAUUGAAACCUUGAGAAAGUUAAACAUAGAAUAUAAAUUAAUAAACAGACAAAAUCUUGACCAAUCAAACUUUAAUUGGGCUGAUUUAAUCCUCCCAAUUGGUGGUGAUGGUACAUUUUUGUUAGCAUCAAAUUUGAUAUUUGAUAGCCAAAAACCAAUAAUAGGUAUUAAUUCGUAUCCAGAAUGGUCAGAAGGAUUUCUUAUGUUACCACCAAAAUAUACAACAAGAGCACCUGAAAUUUUCGAGAAGUUAAAAGCCGGCCAUUAUCGUGUAAUAAUGAGGAGAAGAAUUCGAACAACUUUAUGUGGAGAUGCCAUCUGGGAAGCCCCUUUUCACACACAUGAAAAAGGUCGUGUUUCGGGUGGUGAAAAAUUCUACAUGCAGGACAUGAACAAAGGACCACCCAAUAAUUUACCAAAAGAGAGGCGUCUGCCCUGGUUGGCAUUAAAUGAAGUCUUUAUAGCAGAAACGUUGUCAGCUAGGACAAGUGACUUGCUCGUUAAAAUAGAUGACGAGGAGAAGUUUCAUAUGUUAAAAAGCUCUGGAUUAUGUGUUAGCACUGGAACAGGAUCAACAUCCUGGCACAAAUCGAUAAAUAGUGUCAAUUCGCAAAUUGUACGACAGAUAUUGAAUCUCGUAGGAGAAAAACAAGAUAUUAGUAAAGAAGAAAUUAACAAAAUUUGUAACACCUUCAAUAGCAGCCUACAUUUUGAUGCUGAGGAAUUUAAACUGUGUUAUGCUGUGAGAGAUAUGAUAGUAACCGAUCACUGGCCUAUACCAAAGUGUUUUCAUUCCCGCGGAUUUUGUCGUACAUUAACAGUCAGAUCACAGUGUUUCGAUGGCGGACUAGUUCUCGACGGUGGCAUAGCUGUUCCUUUUAAUUUUGGAGCAACGGCAGUAAUGGAAAUUCAUGCUGAAGACUCAUUGAGAUCUUUGGUCCUUCAAGAUUGAAGGUUAUUAAUUACUCACAAGGUGUUAAGAGGUCAUGAAUGUAGAUGACUGAAAUGAAGAAAUCAACGAAAACCAAAGUAUACAAUAGUACUUUUGUACCUUAAACAAAGAAAAAAAGAUGAACGUUUUUCUGUAUUUUAAAUGGGCGUUUAAUUAAGUAAAAUUAAAAGAUUAUUAACGACUUUUAAAUGUCCAUAAUAAAUAAGCAACACUAUCGAAUAUACGAUUUUUUCGUACUGCAUUUUAUCAGAACAGUAACA